AUGAUCCGCCAAAUCAGACAAUUCUCCUUGUGCAGCCGCCGGUUGGCUGACUUUUCACAUGUGGUCAUCGGUGGAGGCGCUGUGGGAACGGCAAUUGCUUCUGAACUCCAGAAAGUACCUGGAAACAGUGUGUCUUUGCUUGAACAGCAUGAAAUGCUAGGGAUGGAAACGACAAGUCGAAAUUCCGAAGUCAUCCAUGCGGGGCUCUAUUACCCUCCAAAUACACUUAAAGCCAAGUUUUGUAUACGAGGGAAGGAAUUGAUCUAUAAUAAGGUGGAUCCACAUAUCGUGCCGUAUCAGCAGUGUGGGAAAUGGGUGGUGGCCCAGAGCGAGAAGGAACAGGAGUACAUUGAGAAGCUUCAUAAGAAUGCUGACGAGUUGGGGGUGCCGGUUUCGCUUAUAUCGGCUAAGGAAGCCGCAAGACAGUUUCCAAGGAUCAAUGCUAAGGCUGGUGCUUUGGAGUCGCCAACUACGGGUAUUAUACUGGCCCACGAUUUGACAUUGUUCUUUCAUACACAGUUUGAGAAUGACGAGGGCACAAUUGCUAUUAAUACGAGGGUCGAUGAUAUUCAGUAUGAACUGGCUGUGCCGCAGUAUAGAUUGGUUUGUACGGAGAAGGGCUCCGGAGAGCAGUUUGAGAUCACUGCCGAUAACAUUAUCAACUCGGCAGGCUUGUUUGCACAAGAAAUCGCCAAUAAAGUGCUUCCAAAAGAACGCCAAUUCAAGAGUUACUUCGCUAAAGGCAGCUACUACUCGUAUGCGCCUGAAAAUCCCAUUCCCACGAAAGAUAUCACCACCAAACUCAUCUACCCAUGUCCCAACCCAAACGCUUCCAGUUUGGGAACGCAUUUGACGUUUGAUCUUGGUGGCCAGUUACGGUUUGGGCCGGAUUUGGAAUGGGUGGAUAAAGAAACCGCCCUUGAUCUUGACUACAGCGUUUCUGAAGGUAGACUAGCAGAAGCAGCCAAAUCGAUUGCCACUUAUUUCCCUAGCAUUACUGUUGACCAGUUGCAGCCAUCAUAUUCUGGUAAGAAAGCAAAACGAACUUUGCAGACUAUUACAUCAAAGAAGAAGAAGGAUUCAGAGGGUUUGUCAACCUCAUGGGCAUAG